UAUUAUUUAUUAAUCAAUCAAUCAUUUUCUCAAAAAAAUUUUUUUCAUAAUCAAUCAAAAAAUAGCAUUUAUUAAAUUAAAAACACAAUGUCUGGCGCAUCAGAUCCUUUCUCUAUUCUCAAUAAAGGAGGAUAAGAUAUGAGAGUAAAUUAAGCAUAAAAAAAAUAAGUUGUUAACAGAUAUUGGAAAGGUGUUGCACCAGAAGAUGCUGAUGACGAUGAUGAUGAAUUUAAUAUGUUUGAAGAUGCUCCAGCAUUUAAACAAAUACAAGAAGCAAAUUUAAAAAAAUAAGAUGAAGCUGCUAAUGAACAUAAAAGCAAUAUAUUAGUUGAUGAUAUUUAAAAUGAUUAAAAGUAAAUAUAAGAGGAAGAGGAAGCACGUAAAAAAGUAUUAGGAAGGAGAAGAUAAGUUUAAAAAUCCUAAUUAGUAUCGUCUAAUUAAGAAUAAGCUGAGAAAAAAGAUCCCUAACAGUAAAGUUAAAAAUAAGAUGAUCAUUAAAAAUAGGCUGAAGCAGGAUAAUAAAAAUAAGAACAAACUGGUUAGAGUUUAUAGAAUAGUGAAAUUUAAAUUACAACUCAUAACAUUAAUGGAGAUAUAAAAGUAGAAUCAAGAAACGAAGGAAGAGCUGCUGCAAGAGCACGUUUGCUUUAAAGAUAAAAGGAAGAAGAGGAGUAAAAGAAAAAUAAAUAGCUUAGUAAAUAGUAAAGUGAGGAAAUGGAAAUAGAAAGAAGAAAAUCAUAAUAAUUGAAAGAAAAAGCUAAUGAAAGUGAAAAAAGUGAAUAAAGCUCAAGUGAAAAUGAAGAUAAUGAUGAUGAAAGAAGUGAUGAAGAUGGAAGCGAUGAUGAAGCUGAUGAUGAUGAUGACGAAGAUGAGGAUGAUGAUGAAGAAGAAGAGGAAGAAGUUAGACCUGUUUACAAAAUGAUGAAACCAGUUUAUAUUCCUAAAUCGGAAAGAGAUUAUUAGAAUUAAUUAGAUAUAGAGGAAUAAGAGCUCGAGGAAUAAAGGAAAAAGCAAGAAUAAAUUGCAAAGCAAUAGAUUAAAAUGAUUAUCAUGGAGUAAAAAAAAUAGCAAAUUAUUGGUAAUCUUGGAGAUGAAGAGUAGAGUGAUGAUAGCAGAUAAGGUAAAGAUUUUAUGAAUGACGAUGAUGAUAUGGAUAGGGAGUUUGAACGUGAGCAGUGGAAAAUAAGAGAAUUAAAAAGAAUCAGAAAGGAUAGAGAUGAAUAAAUUAAGAGAGAAAAAGAAUUAGCUGAAUAGGAAAGAAGAAGCAAAAUGACUAAUGAAGAAAUUAUUGAAGAAGAUAAAAGAUUAGGGCUACAUCAGAAAAAGGAAAAAAGAUAAAUAGGGUUUAUGCAAAAAUACUAUCAUAAAGGUGCCUUUUAUCAAGAUGAUGACGAUGAUGUUUUGCAGAGAGAUUUUAAUAUGCCAGUAGGAGAAGAACUACUUGAUAAGAGUGUUUUACCUCAUCUUAUGUAGAAAAGAAGAGGUAAUUUUGGUAAAAAAGGUUAAUCUAAAUACACACAUCUUACUGAUUAAGAUACUACAAAUUUUGAUCCAAAAUACAGAGUUGAUGACAGUCUUUAAAAAAAAAUGCUUUCUAAGUAAGCAGGGUUAAAAGCAGCAAACAAUUUAGAUCCAAGAAAGAAAAAGUAUUGA